CUCCUCCGAUGGCUCCCUGCGGCUCACACCGCUAGCUGGAUCGGCACCAUGAGAACCCCCCAGCAGCUCCUGGCUCGGCUCUGGUCCUCCACCCGUACCUGCUCUUAGACAGGGAGGUGUCCUCUGGGCUGUGAAGCCGUGAGACCGAGCGAGAGCAGAAAACAGACGACGCCCGGUUUGAUCCUGACCCCCUCUGAUCUGUACAAAGAUGCCGGAGGUUCGGGACCUCUCUGAAGCUCUGCCUGAGAUGCCCAUGGACCCCAUCACAGGAGUGGGAGUAGUGGCCUCCAGGAACAGGGCCCCCACUGGUUAUGAUGUGGUGUCGACAACGACAGACGGUCUGGACGCUGAUCUCUGGAAAGACGGCCUCUUCAAAUCCAAAGUGACCCGUUACCUCUGCUUCACCAGAGUCUUCUCUAAAGAAAACAGUCAUUUAGGAAACGUUCUGGUGGACAUGAAGCUGAUCGAUAUAAAGGACACUCUGCCGGUUGGAUUCAUCCCCAUCCAGGAGACCGUCGACACACAGGAGCAGGCGUUCAGGAAGAGGCGACUCUGCAUCAAGUUUAUUCCUCGAGACUCCACAGAAGCUGCCAUCUGUGACAUCCGCAUCCUGGGACGCUCCAAACAGGCGCCCCCUCAGUACACUUUCAUAGGGGAGCUGAACAACAUGGGGAUCUGGUACCGGAUGGGGAACGUUCCUCGCGCCCAGGACUUGUCUCACACUCCGAUCUCCAACAACAUCCAGAACGUGAACUCGUCCUCCAGCUCUAACUCGGUCCCUGCUGCUCCCCUGCCCAAGCACAUCUCCAUGACUCUCCCAGCGAGCUUCAGAGGAAAAAACACAACGAGACCGGACUACGAGCACCAGAACUCCAACCUGUACGCCAUCUCAGCGAUGGAUGGCGUUCCCUUCAUGAUCUCUGAGAAGUUCGCCUGUGCCUCAUCUGACCUGCAGCAGAUCGAUCUGAUGGGAAUCACUAUCAAGUCUCUGGCUGAGAUCGAGAAAGAGUAUGACUACAGUUUCCGUACCGAGCACAGCGCCGCUGCUCGCCUCCCCCCCAGUCCAACACGGACCUCCCUGAGCUCCGAGGCCUGAGGACGCCGUCUGACCUCCAGAUCAUCAUCAUCAUCAUCAUCAUCCACCUCCUGUACGGACCACAGGAGACACAAACACACAUAACUACUGAGGACAAACACACAACAACACAACAAAGACUAGUGUAGAGACUCUGGGUGUGAGGUAGAGCCACGGCCAGCUGGACUAAAGAGACGGAGUAACCUUUUCUGGUUGGAGGACACGGAAACAUCCACCUGGUUUUAGAUCCUUUCUUUCUCACUGACGUGUUCUUCUUUCUGUGAAUCAGACUUCCUGUCAGGAGGACGAGUUUCAAACAAAGGAGAGGAUAAAACCACUUUUCCUUCUGAUGGAGGACGGCGUCCUGAGACUCUGAGAGCCGCCGUCAUGUCCGCCUCGAUCACACGACCGUCUGCAGCUCUAGGAGGCACCAUCAACAGGAAAUAGAUGGCUAAACUUCCUGUGGUGGAUGAAGACUGUGAUGUUUAGGUGUUACUGUAAAAUAAUGUUUGUGAGUGCACUUUGUGUUCCUGGAUUUCAGUGUUUGUGAACCACUCUGUGUGCCGUCUAUGGACAUGAGCUGCAGCUUUAUCUGGACUAGAACCACUGCUACUGUCAGCUCCAUCAACCACUCCUGCUUUUGUCCUUAGAGCCGGCUAUGGUUUUUAUUUUAGUCUGAGUUUGGUACAACACAGAAUAAUGCUCUCUUACUUUUACUAUAAAUAUUCUCUCACGCUGUUACAACAAGAACAAGUCUAGAAAAAUCUGGGCGUUAACAUCCCAGAAAAGGUCAUCUCUCUGUUCAGUCAUUAUAGUUUACACUCCACCGUUACUAAACUUCUCUUACUCUCUCUAGAUCAGUCUUUAAAUCAGUGAAAAGUAAGGCCAGAUUCUCCUCCCUCUCCAUGCUGCUGGUCUGAUCUCCUGCACCUUCAGGCCUACAUCCUCAUGCAGCACCUGCAUACCUUUGUUUACAACGAGUGCAGCGUCAGAGCAGCGCGGUCCCGUCACAGAGAGCCUGUCUGCAGCCGGACUGACUUUGUAGCUCAUUCUGCCUCGUUGGGCUCAGAUACGGCGCUCUGACACUCAGAUACGGCGCUCUGACACUCAGAUACGGCGCUCUGACACUCAGAUACGGCGCUCUGACACUCAGAUAUGGCGCUCUGACACUCAGAUACGGCGCUCUGACACUCAGAUACGGCGCUCUGACACUCAGAUACGGCGCUCUGACACUGCCAGAGCUCUAGAUGGAGCAUAGAUUUGGGGGUCAAACAUGCUCAGGCAUGACUCUGGUUUCUGAGUCAGAGUGCGCCCUAAGACUACCAAACCGCUCUGGAUGAAAGCCUCCCAGACCAGGUCUGUAUGUGGUCUGAGCUGUUAAUCUCAAGCUAUUUUCACACUGCCUCUCUUUUCCCUGUCUGUUAUGCCUUCGCUCCGCAACGCCGUUAUGAAUGAAAGCGACCGUUCCGCAAUGGGGGGUCGAUCUCGCCCCGCUUCUGAUCUGGAUCGAGAGGUAGUAUCAGAGCCGUAACAGACUUUUCUGCAACGAGUGUGAAAGGAUGUCAUGGCAUUCUGCAACGGCGAGUGUGCGCUGCUGUCUCCAUAAACAGGAGAUUUAAAAACCAGCGCCGUUUAAUCGAGCGGCAUUUAAUCGGAGAAAACAACAGCGGGAUAAAACAAAGAAUAAUGUGGGUUAACUGGAGAGACUGAGGUUAGAGAGCUGAUCACACUCUGUCCAGGAGAGGAGAGAGCAGACACAUCUCUGCUCACAGCAGCGUCUGAAAACUUC